AUGGAUCAUACAAUUGUUAAAGGAAUAAUUAUGGCAAUUAUACUUUUGGAUUUAAAAGCUUUUCCAAAUAUUCACCAGUUACAAAAUACUGCUCAUUUACCUGCAUUUGAAGAAGUUUCUCGAACGAGACUUCCCAUAUAUUCAGUCUUUCUUUUUGCACUCUUUUUGUGCAUGUUUAUUUAUCAUUAUGGCGAACCAACUACUUCUUCAGAUACAGAAACUCUUACAGAUCUUACAACUAUUGAUACCACAGUAAGUCUUACAAAAUAA